AUGGAGGCUUCACCACCAUCACCGGACAAUAAUGAACACACUAACGUCACUUACGAUCUUCAAGAUUUCCAAACAUCGAUCUUCGUUUGCCUCGUGGGAAUAUUGCUCAUCGUCAUCUUCAUUCAAAUCUCCGAGCGAGUCGUCACCUGGCUACGGCGCGAAGUCGCCGUCGAUCAUCUUGACCUCGAAUUGGUCCAAAUCGCCAAUUAUCAACUCGAAAAUUCAGAUUGGCCCGAUGAAGCUAUGGCGCUGAACAAUGUGUGGGUGAUGGAGAUUUUCAACGGGUUCAUGGUGUAUUUGGCCGAAAGGCAAAUCUCGGGGCUAACCCCAGAGUUCUUGGAGCAGGCUUUGCCUUGCGUGACCUACAAAAGCUUGGGACAAACAACGUUAGAUGAAUGUGUGAUUUGUUUGGAUGGUUUUGAAGAUGAUGAAAUGUGUCGGGUUUUCCCAGUCUGCGAACAUGUUUUUCAUUUCAGUUGCAUAGAUAACUGGUUGAGAAACCAUUUAACUUGUCCGAUUUGUCGGAAUUGUAUACUAGAUGGUGUGAGCAUAGCAUUGACAAUGUAA